GGCAGGCCGCGCGCGCCGCCCGCACCCGUGCACCGCGCGCGGCCUGGGAAAAACCAACACCGCUCUUUUUUCCCAGCAUCAGACCAACCCCAAACGCCCUUAAUCUUCAGCAACACCUCUGCCCUCGCACCAUAUCCUUGCGACCUGUACAGCCAGCAGAACAUGCCCAAAGAAUUCGAGGAGGACGAGAUCCGCACGGGCGGCGCGGCCGACCACGACGUCAACUCCUCCGACGGCGGGGACGACGUCAUGGACGAUUCUUCCGAGGAGGACGAAGACGAGGACAACGACGAGGAGGCCAUCCAGAAAGUGCGUGACGGCUUCAUCGUGGACGACGACGAGGACGACGACGCGCUUUCGUCGAAGAAAAACCGCCGCAAACACAAAAAGAGAAGGGAGCGCGAGCGGGCCCUGGACGCCGGCCACGAUGACGGCUUGGACGAGGACGAUUUGGAGCUCUUGCUCGAGAACUCGGGCGCCGCGCCGCGCCCGGCCAGCGGCUCCAAGUUCAAGCGGCUCAAGAGGGCGUCGCCCGCCGACAGCGAGCGGAUCGGCGCCGACGACAGCGACAGCACGACACGCGGGCCAGCGGGCGCGCUCAACGACUUCUUUUCCGACGACGAGGCCCCCGCCGACGAGCGCGCGGACCCGGAGCAGGAGCCUGCCGACGAACGCAACAUCUUGGAUGAGUUCGAGGACUUCAUCGAGGAGGACGAGUUCUCCGACGAGGAGGAGGCCCGUGCACACAAGGCCCAGCAGCGCCGUGAGCAGGCCAAGCUGAAAGGCCCCAAGUUGGACACGUCCAAGUUGUCCAGCGUCGACCGCGAGAGCUUGCAGCAGUUGUUCGAGGUGUUCGGCAAUGGCGCGGAGUACGAGUGGGCCUUGGAGGCCCAGGAAAUCGAGGACGAGGGCAACAACAACGACGAGCCAACCGCAUUGGACGAGGUGUUUGAGCACGCCGAGUUGAAGGACCGCAUGCUCACCGAGGAAGACAACAUGAUUCGCGUCAUCGACAUCCCGGAACGGUUCCAGAAGUACCGCGCCACCUUGAACUACAUGGACUUGGAGGGCGCCGAGCUCCAGAGAGAGAAGUCCUGGAUCAGCAACAUUCUCUUCACUGAGAAGAAGGGCUCGCUCGACGAGUCCUUGAGGGUGCCUUUCGUGGAAGCCGUGGGCAAGGUCACCGAGUUCAUUUCCAAGAACAACUGGGAAGUGCCCUUUAUCUGGACGCAUCGCCGUGACUUCCUCAUCUACACCGAGGAGAUCACCAUCCCGGAGGGCGGCGUCAGAAACAACGUGCACAAGCUCUUGUUCGAGGACGACUUGUGGAGAAUUGUCCAGCUUGACAUUGAGUAUCACUCCCUCUACGAAAAGAAGUUGAACACCGAAAACACCGUCAUGCAGUUGAGCGUGGACGAUGAUCUUUUGAAAGAUGUCAACUUGCUAGAGUCAAUGGUGUCGGUGCAAGAUCUUCAGGACUACAUCAACUUCACCUACUCCGCUGAGUUGAGGAAACUCAAUGAGGUAAAAGAACUCGACCCGCUUGACGAGGGAGACGACGACAAAAAGUCUACCAAAAAACACUCCAAAUACGCCAUAUUCGAAAGAAUCAGAGAAAACGUCCUCUACGAUGCCAUUCAAGCUUUCGGCAUCACUGCUAAGGAAUUCGGUGAAAAUGUGCAGGACCAGUCCACCAAAAACUACGAGGUUCCCUACAGAAUCCAUGCCACCGACGACCCGCUCGAAUCGCCAGAGGAUAUGCUCGGAAGGCUCAUUGAAGACGAUGAGAUCCUUUUUAAAGACCCUAAGAACGGCUUGAAUGCUGUCAGAAAGACCUACGCUGAGGAAAUCUUCCACAAUCCUAAAAUAAGACAUGAAGUCAGACAAGUCUACAAAAACUUUGCCUCCGUAAGCGUAACUCUCACGGAGAAGGGCCGCAAUUUGAUUGAUGGACACAGUGUCUACGCUGACAUAAAAUACGCGAUGAAUCGCUCGCCUGCCGACUUGGUAGGAAUGCCCGAUAUGUUCUUAAGGAUGUUGGAGGCUGAAGCAAAGGGCUUGGUCAUUAUAAAUGUGAACACCAACGAUAGUGAACACUGGUUCCAAUCAAUUUUUAACUGCUUGAAAUCGGACGGUACUUCCGAAAUCGCCGAAUUGUGGAACAAUGAAAGAGAAUUUGCUUUGAAUCUUGCAUUCAAGAGGCUCACAAACAUGGUAGCUCUCAACACCAAGGAAGAUCUACGCCGUGAAUGCGAACGAUUGAUUGCCGCUGAACUUCGGGCUAGGUUCUUGACAAAGAUUGACCAAGCUCCAUUCACGCCGUAUGGCUAUGACAAAGGUACAAAGCCCAAUGUUUUGUCAUUAUCUUUUGGUAAGGGCGACUAUGACAGUGCUGUUGUGGGUGCAUUCGUAAGAGAUACCGGAAAAGUGAGUGAGUUUUUCAAGUCGGAUAACAAUCCUUCCAGAGGCAGGGAAAGCGAGGAGAAGUUUGCAGGCCAAUUGAAAGUCUUUAUCGAAAAGAAUCUCAGAAACAACAAGCCAGAUGUCAUUGUUGUGUCUGGUUUCAGUGCGAGCUCAAAGAAACUUUUUGAUAUUGUGAGGAACUUUGUUUCGAACAACAGCAUGUACGUCAACAUUGAUGAUUUGCCUGAAGGGACGAGCCCUCAAUUGAUUCCAGUUAUUUGGGGACAAGACGAAACAGCUCGUCUCUACCAAAACUCUGAGAGAGCAUUAGUCGAACUAUCUGAUAAGCCCACUUUGGUUAAGUACUGUGUUGGACUAGCUCGCUACGUUCAAAGCCCUUUGUUGGAGUAUGUCUCCUUGGGAGACGAUAUCUUAUCGCUCUUUUUCUACGAACACCAGAAGUACAUUUCGAACGAUGUUGUGAGAGAUGUCUAUGAGACUGUCUUUGUCGACAUUGUGAAUAUGGUGGGUGUCGAAAUCAAUGAAGCUCUCCGCGACACUUACGCGGCUCAGUUGUUACAAUUUGUUUCGGGUCUCGGGCCUAGAAAAGCGUCCGGUUUACUCAGAAAUAUCACCGCAAAAUUGGGAACGCUAGUUACGCGAAGCGACCUUAUCGAAAACGAGCUUUCCACUGCCAAUAUUUUCUUCAACUGCUCCUCGUUUUUGAACAUACCUUUUGAUGAGGGUGUCACUCUCAGGGAUUCGUCGAUCGAAUUGUUGGACGCUACUAGAAUUCACCCCGAAGAUUACAGCUUGGCGCGCAAAAUGGCUGCCGAUGCUCUUGAUUUGGAUGAAGAAGACAUGGCGCACAUCGAAGAGCAAGGUGGAAUCAUUUACCAAUUGAUGCAAGAGGGUGUAAGCAAAGUCGAUGAUCUUAACUUGACCGCUUUCGGUAAAGAGCUAGAAUCCACAUUCGGCAAAAAGAAGUAUGCCACGCUUCAGAGUAUAAAGGAAGAGCUCGUAAACAAUUACGAAGAGCUCAGAAGAUCUUUCCACGUGCCAGAAAGCUCCGAAGUAUUUCGUAUGUUGACAGGCGAAACGCUGGAGAGCUUUACUAGAGGUUCUAUCACUCCUGUGACGAUUAACAGAGUGGGUAAAAAUUUCCGUGAAGAAAAUGGGCAUGUGAAGUUUUUAAAAGUCUCCACAACCUCAAAUAUCACAGGCACUGUGGAGGAAGGUCACAUCACACGGAAAGCAAACUUCGACCAAGGUCAGGUUAUCCAGGUCGUCGUUUUAGAUGUGAAUUAUGAGCAAUUCACUGCCACAUUUAGCACGCUCCCAGAAGACCUCCAAAAAGCCUCUGUCACAAAAUUCUUCAAAGACCCAAGCAAAUGGGAUUUUGCUGCGGAAAACUCAGACAAGGAGAAAGAAAGAGCAAAAGAAUAUGCCAAGUUGGCAAAGACGAGAAAUGUGCAGCAUCCAUUAUUCCACAACUUCAAUCACAAACAGGCUGAAGAGUAUUUGGCUCCUCAGUCUGUUGGUGACUGUGUCAUCAGACCUUCUUCUAGAGGCAUCAAUUACCUCAACAUUACUUGGAAAGUUGCCAACAACUUGUUCCAGCAUUUGAGUGUCGAGGAAGUGGCACACAAUACAGGAAGGGAAUACGUCGUUGAACGCAAAAAGUACGCCGACUUGGAUCAACUAAUCUUCCAGCAUGUCCAGGCUAUCGCUAAGCAUGUUAAUGAGAUGUGUCGUCAUCCAAAAUUUCAAGAGGGUGCAUUGGCAGAAGUCCACGAAUGGUUGGAGUCAUAUACAAGAGCGAACCCCAAAAAUAGUGCCUACGUCUUCUGUUUCGACCACAAGGCGCCGGGUUGGUUCUUGCUCUUAUUCAAGGUCAAUGUCAACACCCCUAUCACGACGUGGCACGUGAAAACAGAAGUUAACGGAUUUGUUUUGAAGGGAUUCUCCUAUCCUAAUAUGAUGAGACUUUGUAACGGGUUCAAACAAACGUUCAAGUCUCUUGUCAGUGAUAAGACGAGAUCUGGGCGUCCAGGGCAUGGAUACUAAUUGUAUGUAUUCUACCAUGAAUCUUAAAAGGGAUUCGCAUAAUUGUGUAUUUGUAACAAUGAUAUGUAAAUUGAGAUGUU